AUGGAGACCCCCUGUCAGUCACUGGCCGGCUCUGCCAAUCAAGACUGCGACCGGAGCGCCCAGGCCAUUUCAGCACCUCCCCGCUCUCGACAGCGCCCGCUGUUCUCCGGCGGACUUCGCAGUAUUUUGCAGAACUUGGAGGAGGGAAAGACGUGCCAGUGGAUGGGAGAGAAAGCGCGAGCCGAGCCGCAGCCUUUCGCUACCACCCCUAGCCCUGUUCCUCCCUCUUCCCCGCAACCCCCCAUCCCCACCCCCCGCAAGAGGCGCUGCCAAAGCAGCCGAGUGGGAACCGAAUCUGAAGCAGAACGAACCGACCCGGGGCCUGUAGAAGAGAUCGCCUUCCGCGUGCAGAAGAAGCAGAAGGUGCCCGGGACCUUACAGCUCUGGGGCCCCGAGGGGAGCCCCAACCUCCGUACCUCGCCGCUGAAGGCGAGCAGAAGUUCCUGGGUGCCCUAUCGAGAAAAUGGAAACGUUUAUUUUCAGAUGUCCCCUCUGGCUUCUGAGCGUCUGGGGCUCUCGAGCGAAUGGGACCGAAAGCCUAGGUUGGCCACGGUGGAGGGUCGGGAAAAGGGCGCUGGCUGCAGCCGCGGAGUCCGAACCCCGCCUGACGCGGCGUCUGGGGCCGGGGCGCGAGAGUUCUCAGAAGUGUCUGGAAGUCCGGGUCUACGGUCUGGAGGUCCUAUCUUCACCAUCGCAGGGGACUUCGCUUAA